CUGAACAAAAUAGAUUUUUAGGUUAACUUUUACAAAAUAAAUAUUAAAACUACUUUUAAGUUAACUUAAAAAUGAUAAUCAUGCCAUUUCCUCAUCUUAACGGAUACGAAAUUGCAGAAAAGGUUGGGGUUGGCAGUUUUUCGGUGGUUUACAAGGCCUACACUAAAACAAAUCCGAAAGAAGUAGUUGCUAUAAAAUGCAUAGACAAACGAUAUCAACAAAAGUCUUUUGCUGAUAAUGUAGUUAAAGAAAUAUCUUUGCUUAAAUUGCUCAAGCAUGACUACAUUGUGAGGUUGAUAGAUUUCCAAUCUGAUUCGAAGUAUAUUUUUAUAAUAACUGAAUUUUGUGAUGAAGGUGACCUGUCCCAUUAUAUUAGAAAGAAACACAAACUGGCAGAAUCAUUAGUAAAGACUUUCAUGCAACAGCUAGCCUUAGCAUUAAAGUUCUUACGUAGUCAUAACAUUUGUCACAUGGAUCUCAAACCACAGAAUCUAUUACUACGUUCUAAACCUAAACUACAACUUAAAGUAGCUGAUUUUGGAUUGUCACAAAUAAUUUCACCCCAAAACGCAGAGCAAAGUAGAUUUGCUGGAUCAUUACUUUACAUGGCCCCUGAGAAGCUUUUAAAUCAACACUAUGAUGCUAGAGUAGACCUUUGGUCAGUGGGGAUUAUUAUGUUUGAGUGUUUAUUUGGACGGAACCCAUUCCUUAAUAUGAAUACAAAGGCUAUAGUUGAUCUCAUGUUGAAAAGAGGGCCAAUAGAACUACCUCCCAAUGCCAAUAUAACACCUGUAGCUGAAGAUUUACUGUUCAAACUAUUGAAGCAUAAUCCUGAUGAGAGGAUUAAUUUUGAGCAAUUUUUUGAACAUCCAUUUCUAGAUCUAAUUCACAUGGCCACACCUGAGAAUUAUCACACAGCAGUCAGCUUGAUACAAGAAGCCAUUGAAUUAGACAAAAGUAAACAAUAUAGUGAAUGUUUAGAUAAAUAUAAGGAAGCAGUGAGGUACUUGGAAGCCUUCAUCCCUUUAGAAACCAACCCUAACCGAAAAGCAAUGCUAGCUUUAAGACUUUCAGAGUAUACCAAAAGAAUUACCGCACUUAACGACAUGCUAUCGGGGAAAGAAAAUAGUAAAUUAGUUGCAACAGAUUUGCAACCCUUGCCUUUGACAGACGAUCAGUUUGACAUGCUCAGGGGAUUGUCCACUUUGACCCCUAACAUGGCAACCGGCCUCGACAUCGGUUGCACGGGGGAACUUUAUAUGGUAGAAGGAAAAAAUUCUUUAGCCUUAGAAAAACUUACUUCAGCACUUUCGCUUCUUAUUCCUAUUCUUGGAAACGAACCGCCUGGGGUUAGAAAGGAUUUACUACAUGCUCAAGUUCAAAAAUGGUUGUCAUUGGCAGAGUCUUUAAAGAAAGUGCAAUCAACCUCGGCUUCCUAGUGAAAAUUUUUGAGUAGCUUUUUUUCUAGUACAAAUGAUAAUAUUACAUACCCUAUUCAUUUUAAGCUUAAUUGUGAUAAAAAGUAAAUUUUUGUAUAUGUAUUUUUAGUAUCUGUUAAUUCCGUACGCUAGUUAAGUUUAGGAGUUGAGAAUUGAUUUUUACUGUUCAAGUAAUUUUUUGGAGACAAAUAGGAAUAAAUAAAUUCUUUUCUUUGUACAUAAAUAUAUGCAUAAGAAAAUUGUGUUUAUAUCUUAUGAAAAACGAAGAUAUAAUGUUCUACAGUAAAUAAUAAUGUAAGCAGACU